CUUUCCGCAACUUCAUCGUUCCGAUGCGGUAUUACGUUUUCCGAUACACGGUUGUGUACGUAAUUCAAUGUUUAUAAUGAAACGGGAAGUUUGAACUCACACUCCACACCCUCUGCAACUCUUGAACGGGAACACAAGAACUCGCAGAAAUGAUCUCGUUACUCCGUAAUCAAGCUUCUUUAAGAGCAAUCCCUAGAUGCUCACAAGCCAGCUUUAGACGUAUGAAUAGCUCUCAAGCAAAAGGAGCAUUUGAAGGUGUUAAGAACGCCAAUGGAAACUACCUUGUUACUAUGAUUGCUGGUGACGGCAUUGGACCAGAAAUUGCAAAAUCUGUUGAACAAGUUUUUGCUGCUGCGAAGGUCCCCAUUGAAUGGGAACCCGUCAAGGUUUACCCUCUUUUAAAAAAUGGAACAACUGCUAUUCCUGAAGAUGCUGCCGAAUCUGUUAGAAAGAACAAGGUUGCUUUGAAGGGACCUUUAGCUACUCCAGUUGGCAAAGGACAUGUCUCUAUGAACCUUACUCUUCGUAGAACUUUCGGACUUUUUGCUAAUGUUCGUCCUUGCGUUUCCAUCAACGGUUAUAAAACUCCUUAUGACAAUGUCCACACUGUUUUAAUUCGUGAAAACACCGAAGGUGAAUAUUCCGGUAUUGAGCAUGAAGUUGUUCCUGGUGUUGUUCAAUCUAUCAAAUUGAUUACUCGUGCUGCUUCUGAACGUGUCAUUCGCUAUGCUUUCCAAUAUGCUCGUCAAGUCGGCAAAGAUAACAUCACCGUUGUUCACAAGGCUACCAUCAUGAAGAUGGCUGAUGGUUUGUUCCUUGACACCGCAAAGCAAAUUGCUCCCGAAUUUCCUGAUAUUAAAUUGAAUGAGCAAAUUCUUGACGAUACUUGCCUCAACAUUGUUACCGAUCCCGUUCCUUACAAUGACACUGUCAUGGUUAUGCCCAACUUGUAUGGUGAUAUCGUUUCCGACUUGUGCGCUGGUCUCAUUGGUGGUCUUGGCUUAACUCCCUCUGGUAACAUCGGUAAGGAUGCCUCUAUCUUCGAAGCUGUUCACGGAACUGCUCCCGAUAUUGCCGGAAAGGGUCUUGCCAACCCCACUGCCUUGCUUCUUUCUUCCAUCAUGAUGUUGAGACAUAUGAACUUGAAUGAGCAUGCUGCUAAAAUUGAAACAGCUAUUUUUGAUACCCUUGCCAACAGCCCCGAAUCUCGUACCAAGGACUUGGGAGGUAAAUCUUCGAACGUCGAAUACACGGAAGCCAUCAUUUCCCGUCUCAAGUAAUGACUUUUCUCAAUCCUUUUUGCAUUAAUGCCUUCACGGAGCAAUUGUGCUGAUGACUUCUUUACACUGAAAUAAUAUUUGAAAUACAAAACAUCUAACCCCCUCUUCAAUUAUACAGAUUUCACAAUAAAAUCAAAAUUAAAUGAAAUUUAUUACCUUAAAUAACAACA